AUGAUCAAGUUAGUUCUCAUUCUUUUAAGUCCAGUUCUGGUGAAGUCUUCGAUUGUUCGCAGCGACGGCACUCCUCCAGUUUGUCUCUCGGAAACUAACAAUGCUUGUCAAGAAGAACUGAAGCAGAAAAAUGAAACUCUGAUAGAAAUUACUAACACCUACUACCCUCCGCUAACAGAUUCGCUCAAAAAUUAUACGGAGCAAUGCCGUAAUGUGAUGGAAUGCGCUUCUGGGCUCGAGUGCUUCCAAGGGAAAUCACAGAGGGAAAUUUUUGAAACGUCUUGCGAUAUGGUCGGUUCAAGAUGGUAUUAUUUCGAUUCAUGCUUCUUUCGAAUUUUAUUAAAGAUUUAUUCAAAUGAUCACAACUGCACAGCAGGGUUUAGCUUUGAAAACUUAUUCACUGCUGAUACAAUUUUCAAAAAGGAGAAACAAUGUGUUUUGAACAUUGGUCUGGGUGUCUGCAAAACCGAGUUUUUUAACUAUUUACAAAAUAACUACGAUGAAUUGAUUGAACUAUACACAAACAGGCCUACUUCGGAUAUUGAUCUAUGGGAUCAUCCCAGUGAAAAAUUCUACAUGCUGCAUUGUGAUGUUUUGCGAACCGAUUUUGAACAGAAAUCAAAAAAUAUUAGUAUAUUAUCCGUCAACCAGGAAAAUGCUGAUGUUCAAAAAGUUUCAGUGAUUGGUCAAUCCGCUCAGAAAUGCAUACAAAAAUCUUUGAUUAUUCAUGGAAAUGACAAAUAUUACAAAAUAUUCAAGAAUAUGCAUGCAUUCGUUGCCGUUAUGUCCAAUAUUUUCAAACAUCGUCCCAGACUCUUAGAAUACCCGUGUCUUUCUUCGGUCAGUUGGUUUACGGUUUAUUAUGAAGUGUGUGAAUGUAUGGAUGUCGGAGAUGCAAAGAAAUGUGUAUGGUCUUUCAUCACAUUACAUUGUCAAAAGGAAAUGAUGACAGACUUCAAAAAUCAGACAGUUACUUUGACACCACGCAAUGAAUCUCCAAUUUGUCGUUCGGAAACUAAUAAUGCUUGUCAAGAAGAAAUGAAGAAGAAAAAUGAAACUCUGGAAAGAAUUUAUCACAUACACCAUCCGCUAACAGAAUUAUUCAAUAUUUAUACGGAUCAAUGUCGUAAUGUGAUGGAAUGCGCCUCUGGACUCGAGUGCUUCAAAGGAAAAUCGCAGAGGGAAAUUUUUGAAACGUCUUGCGAUAAUGUCCGCUCAGGGUGGUAUUCAUUCGAUUUUUGCAUAUAUCACAUUUUGGAGAAGAUUUAUUCAAAUGAUCACAACUGCACAGCAGGUUUUAGUUUUGAAAACUUUUUCACUGCUGAUACGAUUUUCAAGAAGGAGAAACAAUGUAUUUUAAACAUUGGCCAGGAUAUCUGCAAAACCGAUGAUUUUAAUUUUCUACUAAAUAACUACGAUGAAUUGAUUGAACUAUAUACAAACAAGCCUACUUCGGAUGAGGAUGGAUGGGAUCAUCCCAGUGAAAAAUUCUACAGAAUGCAUUGUGAUGUUUUGGGAAGUGAUUUUGUACACAAAUUGUAUAACAUUACGACACUAUCUAUAAACCAGGAAAAUUCCGAUGUUCAAAAAGUUUUAGAGACUGCUCAAAUGGCUCACAAAUGCCUACAAAAGUCUCUUGUUGUUCGCUUUGACAAUUAUUACAGUCAGUUAGUCAGGAAUAUUCAAGCAUUCGUUGCAGUUUUGACCAAUAUUUUCAAACAUCGUCCCAGACUGUUGGAAUGCGUGUUUCUUGACUUUUACCGUUUGGAGGUUUUCCGUGGAGUAAUGGAUUGUAUGGAUGUCGGAGACGCAAAGAAAUGUAUAUUGGCUUUUCUCCACUUACGUUGUCCAAACGAAGUGUUGGCACAUUUGAAAAAUCCCACAGAAAACUUAUUCACUGCUGAUACAAUUUUCAAGAAGGAGAAACAAUGUGUUUUGAACAUUGGCCAGGGUGUCUGCAAAACCGAUGAUUUCAAUUUUCUACAAAAUAACUACGAUGAUUUGAUUGAACUGUACACAAAAAACCCUACUUCGGAUAAUGAUCAAUGGGAUCAUCCCAGUGAAAAAUUCUACAGAAUGCAUUGUGAUGCAUUGCAAGACGAUUUUGUACAGAAAUCAUUAGGUAUUAUGAUAACCUCUGUCAAUCAGAAAAAUGCUGAUGUUCAAAAAGUUGUUGAGAUUGGUCAAUCCGCUCAGAAUGUGCAACCAUUCGUUGCAGUUAUGACCGAUAUUUUCAAACGUCGCCCAAGACUAUUGGAAUACCGGUGUCUUAGCUCGUUCGGCUGGAUUGACUUUUUCGAUGGAGCAAUGGAAUGUAUGAAUGGCGGAGACACAAAGAAGUGUGUAUUGUCUUUGAUCAGAAAAUAUUGUCAAGAUGAAAUAUUGGCUGAUUUCGAAGAUCUGACAGUUACCAUGCCACCAAGCAAGAGAUCGAAUGAAUGUGCGUCUGGGCUCGAGUGUUUCAAAGGGAAAUCGCAGAGGGAAAUUAUUGAAACGUCUUGCGAUGAUGUCGGCACAUUACAGUAUUCAAUUGAUGAUUGCUUACGGAAUAUUUUGAAGAAGAUUUAUUCAAAUGAUCACAAUUGCACAGCGGGGUUUAGUUUUGAAAACUUAUUCACUGCUGAUACAAUUUUCAAGAAGGAGAAACAAUGUAUUUUAAACAUUGGCCAGGGUGUCUGCAAAACCGAUGAUUUCGAUUUUCUACAAAAUAACUACGACGAAUUGAUUGAGCUGUAUACAACAGCCCAACUUCGGAUAUUGAUCAGUGGAAUCAUCCCAGUGAAAAAUUCUACAGAAUGCAUUGCGAUGUUUUGCACAACGAUUUUGUACAGAAAUCAAAAAAUAUUAGUAUACUAUCCGUCAACCAGGAAAAUGCUGAUGUUCAAAAAGUUGUUGAAAUUGCUCAAACUGCUCAGGUAA